AUGCUUGUCCUUUUUCAAGAUUGCGGGGUACUCGCAAGCCCAUUAAAUGGUGUUGUAACGUACACCACCACGAUACAAGACUCCGUUGCUACGUACAGUUGUGAAGCCGGGUUCAAAAUUGAUGGCUUCACGACUAGAACUUGUUCUGCAGUUACACCGAAAGGCUGGUCUGAUACAGCACCCACUUGCAUUGUAGACUCAGCGUGUGUAUCAAGUCCUUGUUUGAAUGGUGCUGUAUGCGUGGAUCAGACCGGAGGCUACACGUGCGUCUGUUCGUCUGGUUACUCCGGAGACAAUUGCCAAACAGACACCGACGAAUGCGCGUCUGCACCAUGCCAGAACGAGGCCACAUGCGUUGAUGAUAUCAACAUGUAUACCUGCACGUGUAAAGCCGGAUACCAUGGCGUCUACUGCGAGAUCGAAAUUUAUGAGUGUUCGUCGAACCCCUGUCUUAAUGGUGGCAUGUGCAAUGACGUCACCGCGGGAUACUCGUGCACGUGUAUGCCUGGGUACCAAGGGACACACUGUGAAACUGAGAUCGACGAGUGUUUGUCGUCACCAUGUCAACACGGCACGUGCACAGAAGACAUCGGCAAAUACUCAUGCACGUGUGAACCAGGAUACCAGGGGUCUAAUUGCGAAAUAGAUACGGUCGAGUGUGCCUCCUCCCCGUGCUUGAACGGUGCCUCGUGUGUAGAUUUACUCAACCAUUACACAUGCGCGUGUGUCCAGGGCUAUGAUGGCAAUCACUGCGAAAUAAACAUAGACGACUGUAUUGACCACCAAUGCCUGAAUGGAGCCACCUGCAUCGACCAGAUUGCCGGCUACACAUGCACAUGCUCGGAGGGUUUCAUCGGGACAUAUUGUCAGGACGGCAACGCUGUUGACGAAUGCGCUUCAAAUCCGUGCAAGAACGGCGCAUCUUGCAAUGACCUGAUUAAGCAUUACACAUGCACAUGCCCAGAGCUUUUCGCGGGCGUCAACUGCGAGGCUGCUCUCAGAAACUCUUCCAGUAGUGCUGCCCUGAAAAACCUGUCACAGAUUGUCAACGCCGAGAACUACGACAUGGUUCUGAAGCAGACGGCGAAUUUGACAGGGUCAGAUGUAACGACGACAGAUGGAGACAUCAUUUUUGCGAUGGAAAUAUUGCAAUCCAUUGCCAGUUUGAGCGUUCCAUUGAACACAGAGGAAUUAGCGGUUGCGUUUUCAAUUAUGGAGAACGUACUAGAUUCCGGGCAUGAAGCUAUAUCCGUCGCACAGAAGGCGGAACGAACAUCAAACAGGUUAAUUCAAGCCGUAGAUACCUUCUUAGGCCAGUUGAACGUUUCUGGGAAAAAUGACGCGGUAAAAAUUACCACUAAAACAAUGGCUGCUGCCGUCGUUGAGCAAACCGGAAGUAUUAACUCCGUUGUUGGUAUUCGGAUGACCUCGGCGUCUGAUGUUUCCACCGACGCCAUUGAAAGUGUACGAGCGUCCUCUGCUGAAGGCAACUCGGACGUUGAUGUCGGCAUUGAACUGGACGCGGCGCUUGUUGUCAAUUACACAACACGAUUAUCGUGUGUCGUGCAAACCAAUCCAGUAUUGUUUGUCGAGGAGAACAGUACGUACCAGGUCAAUAGUAUGGUAGUUUCCGCUACCCUGAAAAGGGAUGGAGAAAAUGUGGAGAAACUGAACAACAACAAGGUCUGGGUAACGCUUAAAAUUACAGAGCAAAACACAUUGCCUCUAUGUGGAUAUUGGGACACGGAGGAAAACCAGGGUUACGGUGGGUGGCGGACGGACGGAUGUUCAGUUGUAGAACAUGAUUCGUCAAGUCACGUGAUCUGCUCCUGCAACCACCUCACCAACUUUGCUGUUCUCAUGGAUCCGAGAAACAAUAUUUCGCCCUUACACAAGUUUAUUCUGGGUGUGAUAUCCAAAGUGGGUCUUGGACUUUCAAUUGCUGCCCUCAGUAUAACGAUCGUCUCUUUUCUUGCAUUUAAAAAACUGAGAGCAAAGGAUCACCAGAAAGUUCUCCUGAAUCUGAGCGUGGCAAUGUUCUGUUACUCCGUCAUCUUCCUAGCAGGGAUAGAUAAGACAGGCUCCCGGUCGGGAUGUGUAACAGUUGCUGCUUUGCUCCACUAUUUCAUCCUCGCGUCCUUUAUGUGGAUGCUUGUUGAAGCCGUCCAGCUUUACAUUAACCUUGUGCUGGUCUUCGCAAAAUACAAUCCUACCAGAUUUAUCGUCUUAGCAAUGAUUUUUGCAUGGGGUUUACCUACACUUCCUGUUAUCUUUAUUCUUGCUUAUGAUCGCAGCAUUUACUUCGACGACCACGGAUAUUGUUGGAUGGAGCGGGGCCCACUUACUUUUGCCUUCAUUAUCCCGGUGGCUUUAAUUCUGGCGAUCAACUUGUUCAUUUUCCUUAUCAUCACCACCAAACUAUGCAUGCGAGAACACAAGAAACUGACUCAAAAACAGAAAAAUCGCAGACAGUUUGGCCUGAUCGGAGGGUUUGCGAUGUUCAUUUUGCUAGGUUUGACGUGGAUUUUCGGCUUCCUGACUGUCGACGAUACUCGACUCGUUUUCCACUACCUGUUUGCCAUCUGUAACUCUAUGCUUGGAUUUUUGAUAUUUGUGCUCUUCAUUGCCAGACGUGGCGAGACUCUGAAACAAUGGCACGAUUUAUGCUGCAAGAGGAAGUUUUCUACCAAAAUAAGCACGUCUGACACGUGGGUUCCAAAACGAAGAAUGCAUUCUGAGAGUACACGCGUAUCGUUUGGGCAACGCCAACUGACACAAGUGGAAAAGCCGGGCAAGAGGGCACGAUUCUAUGAGGGUGGAAUGUAAUCUGAAAUAAAUGAUAAGAUAGACACAGGAAGCAUGCAGUUGGCUAUAAUGUGGCACUUGCUUUUGAGUGAGUUUUAAUCGCUUUACAGGAUUCCAUACAUGUUUAUGUCUUAUACAAAUGAGCUUAACAAGCAUACUCGUGAGAAUAGCUGUACGUUGGUGAGAUUUA